AGUUCAUUCCAUCUUGUCAGCUCGUUUUCAGCAUUUAAUGUCGUUUAAGUUUAUUUCAUACAAAAUUCGUUGUCUCUACGCUUGUUAGUCAAUUGCAUUUUUUGCCGUAUCUUUCAAUCCCGUUUCUCGGUAUUGAUUUGGGUUUUGAUGGAAUCCGAUCUGGAGGUGUACUACCAGCCGGCUGGCCAAGUGGAUUCCCAGGCUGAACUGCAAUGUGCCCUGGACCUUGAUAUUCAUAAUUCAGAUCAUACGGAGACGCGUGGCAGUGGCGGUUCUAAUCCUUUUCCGCAGGACACCGAGCAGCCGAUUGCGGAUGUGGAGCGCACCUGUUGGAUAUGUUUCGCAAACCGCGAAGACAACCGGCGGGCCAAGUGGGUGCAUCCGUGCCAGUGCCGCGGUGCCACCAAGUGGGCUCAUCAGAGCUGUCUGUACCGCUGGAUCGACGAGAAGCAGCAGGGUAACCAUCGGCGGGCGUUGGUUUGUCAACAAUGCCAAACUGAGUAUAUUAUCGUCUUUCCCCGAAUAAAUCCCUUGGCCGGUAUUCUGGAGAAACUGGAUUUCGCUGUGAGGCGGACCUGCCCAUAUUUGGCGCUCGGAAUGUUCAUGUGCUGGGUUUACUGGACUGCAAUCACGUACGGAGCAAUCACUGUCAUCCAGGUGGUGGGUCAAGAACGCGCAGCUCAGCUGGUGGAGAACGAGAUCUUCCUGCUGGUGGGUAUGCCCUUCAUUCCGGUUGGUUUGCUCCUAAUGCGACUCGUGCGCUGGGAGGAUGCCGUCUUGAAGGCCAUGCGCAGCAGAUACAACAUUCUGCGGAAGUUGCCCUUUUUCCACUGGGCCGGGGAGCCGGAAGCUGGAACGGGAGACUUGGGUGUCUUGAGCGAUAGUUUCAGUAGUUUGCCACCAAUCCAGCAUAAUCCAUCUAUCACCGAACCCAUCUUCAUCUCUCGACUCCUUUGCGGAGCCUUUUUUCUGCCAUCUAUUGCCGCCGCCGUGGGAAAUGUGUUUUUCAGGAGCAUAGAAGAUCCAAUGCAUCGCACCAUCAUCGGCGGAAUCGCCUAUAUCGGGAUUAAGGGAAUCUUAAAAAUCUACCUCAAACAGAAGCUAUAUGUCCGCCGCCGGGGGCGUCGCAUUGUGAACUACACCGAUGAAAACGUACGGUUAUAUUUUGGUGGACAGAACAGGGAGGCACCAGCCCACGGUUCUCAAAAUCCCCAGGCCAAUGCCGAUAACAAUCCGAAUCAAAGGUCUGAAAUUGCACGCCAGUUUGCCGGAUUUGCAGGAUUGGAUGAGAACAUGGAGGACAGCUCUAGCGUGGCCACCACGGACUCUGAGGAUUGUGACCCAGACAGCUAAGCCUCAUAAUUCACUGAACUGGUCAUUCGUCACUGGACCAGAUAAUUAAGCCCAAAAAUUUUAACGGCACGAAAGACGUUAAAAACGAGCAAUAAAAUAGUGUAUAGAUAUA